AUGAAAUAUGUGAAACCAACCUUGGUAAAUGACAGCAAGGGCCAAGUGGCUGCAGUGGAAAAACCUGCAUUAGUAUCUGGUCCUGCUGACAUGGAGGGGUCCAGUGACAAGCUUUUCUGCUGCAGGUGGGUGCGCCAAAGAUUUCCCCUGGCCCACAGAGAGGAACUGUACCACAUCCUGAGGAUGACAGGGCCUCUGCUGCUCUCUCGAAUCCUCAAUUACCUGCUACCAUUUGUGGUCACCAUGUUCUGUGGGCGUCUGGGAAAUGAAGUGAUGGCUGGCUUUGGAUUAGCUUCUGCUACCAUUAAUGUUACCACUGCAGCAACGGGAUGUGGUCUGGGACUGGCAUGUGAUACUUUGGUGUCUCAGACAUUUGGUGGUAAGAACCUGCUGCGGGUGGGAGUGAUCCUUCAGCGGGGCAUCAUCAUCCUGCUGUUGUUCUGUCUGCCCUGCUGGGGUCUGCUCAUCAAUGCCCAGGCCAUCCUGCUAUGCCUGCACCAGAGCCCUGAGGUGACCAGAAUAGCCCAGCUGUAUAUUACAGCCUUCCUUCCUGCUGUACCAGCAAUGUUUCUACAUCAGCUUCAGGUGUCUUAUCUGCAGAACCAGGGUAUAAUACUGCCACAGAUGUACGCUGCUGCCAUGGCAAACAUAGCAAAUGUUGUGACAAACUACAUCUUUAUUUUCUGGCUGGAUCUGGGUGUUAGCGGCUCUGCAGCAGCCAACACUCUGUCUCAGAUUUACAUCUGUGCUUUUCUGUUUGCUUACAUUUGGUGGAAGAAGCUCCAUGUAAAAACAUGGGGAGGCUGGUCUGUGGAAUCACUGCAGGAGUGGGGCUCCUACAUGAAACUGGCUUUUCCCAGUACAUUAAUGACAUGUUUCGAGUGGUGGGUCUAUGAGUUUGGGGGCUUCUUUGCAGGAAUGCUGAGUGAAGACGAGCUGGCUGCCCAACAUGUUGUGAUAAUGGUGGCUUUCAUCACCUACAUGUUCCCUCUUGGUGUUCAAGCUGCAGCAUGCGCCCGUGUGGGUAAUGCUCUCGGUGCAGGAGACACUGCCAGGGCCAUCCUCACCUGCAAGAUGUCGCUCGCUCUUGCAGGUAGCUUUGCAGUUGUUGAAGGUCUUGUGCUUGGCUCUACUAAAACAGUGAUUGGCUUUAUCUUUACCUCUGACGAGAGGAUCAUUGGUCUGGUCUCCCAUUUGAUGAACGCUUACUGUUUCGUCCAAUUCUUUGAUGGUCUUUUGUGUGUUUGCACGGGCAUUUUCUUGGGCACAGGCAAACAGAAGAUACCAGCUGUGGCCAAUUUCAUUGGAUUCUACUGCAUAGGACUUUCACUGAGCGUAGUUUUAAUGUUUGUUGCCAAACUGAGAGUUUUGGGUUUUUGGCUGGGGCUUCUCAUUUGUGUCGUCUUCCAAUCCAUCUUCUACAUCAUUCUCAUCUUCAAGCUCGACUGGAGGAGAAUGACGGAAGAGGCUGUGAAACGAGCUCAGAAAAAGACACACAUGACAUUAUUACGCACAGGGGCCAUGUCAGAUGACCAGACGGCAAGUAAUGGGAAAUCACCGGAAGGCUACAUGUCUGUGGGCACUGAGAGCCAUGACGUGCACAUGCAGACACAGGAUGGUCAUGGUGUCCAGUUGAAGGAUGGCCGUCUCUCCACUACCCAGCUGAUCCUCAGGCGAGGCCUCAUUGUGUUGGCAGCAGUUGCACUUCUGGCUGUGGGAGCGACUGUGCACUUUCUUGUGCCUUUGCCAGAGACCCUGCCUUCGGAGGCCAACUUUACUUUGGACUGGAUGAACACGACAGUUACUCCGGGUCAAAUUUUGUCCACUGCACUAUCCCAAUAAAAGGAUGAGAUCCUUGAUCAUUAAGUCGCUGUUUGUGCUCAAUGUCAAAAAAACACAGAAUUCUAAACUCUCAUGGACUUGUUUUCUUUGACAAAAAGUGUCUAAAAGACUGGCAGAUUUGAUGCAAAGUCAAGUUAGUUAAUGGUUGAACUAACAUUUACCUAUAAGAAAUUAAUUAAUUUUCUGAUCAUUAACAAUCCAAUUUUUAUUGGUCCUUCUGUUUUUUUUUAUCUCAUCUGUACUGGUUUCAUGUCAACUCAUGAUACAGCUAUGCAAGAUAAAUGCUUAAGGUACUUUUUUUCCCACUGAAUCAUCAUUUGUAAGUGUAACCCUUGUCUGAUGGCAAAAUAAAUAAUGGUGUAUAUAAAAUAAGAAAAUAAUAAAUAAAUAGUGGCUGUAAAUACUUGUAUGCAAUGUCGACAGCUUAGAAUUUUGCGAGGGGCAUGGUGAAGAGUCGAAAAAAAUAGUCCUCACACACUACAAAGAGUACACAUUCACUUUACUACAUUAAAACUCAAAGAAGUUAAGUAUAAUGCACAUUAUUAGUCAUCACUAUAAUACAUACUCUUCUUUUCCAACAGGUGCCCCCUGAUUUUUUCUCCUGUCCUGGUCACCUGACCUUCCCCACACACAUACUCUCCCAGUUCGUCCACUUUCCUCUUUCAUAGUUAAAUCAGCCCUUUUUCACUCACACCAGUUUGCCAUUACUAGCUUGCCCUGUCAUGCUGUUAACUGGCACUGGUACCUGCUGGUUGGACUGCCUUCCUGGUCUUGACCCAUGCCUGCUUUGUUACUGCAUGAGCUUAUGCAUCCUAUCCAUUUAAUCACUGAAUUUACUGCCUGUAUGUCGCUUCGACAUUUAAUCACUGAACUCUCCCACUCUGCCUGCAUUGUCUGUAUUUGGGUCGAAGGUCCCAGGUUGCCAGGAGCAAAACAAAAGUUGAUAUAAGGGUGGGUUUACUGUAUGUUUAUGGUUACUUUCCCAAUGGACCCUGUUGGUCCAAUACUUAAGUCUGGAAGUUAAUUUCUCCAUAAACGUAUUUCA